AUGUCCUAUUUUCUUGUCGCCUUGACUCUUUGGGCCAUUCAGGUUCAGAUCGUAGUCCAGAUAAUUCUCAAUCGAAUAUCAAUGGUCUGGUCGAACCCUAGGCACAAAACCUUGCUUUGGUGGGGGGUUACCGCGUGGAUAACUUUGAUAAAUAUCUCAGUGUAUUGUAUUUGGCUACCAGCCACGUUACGACUUUCUGACAAUAUCAUCAUGGUCAAUCGGAUAUGGGAUCGUUUAGAAAAGUUUCUGUACCUCUUGACAGACGCAGCCCUCAAUGUGGUGUUUAUUCGAUCCGUCAAAAAACAGUUGGUUGCAAACGGAUUGACAAAAUACGAUAAGCUUGUCAGGUUCAAUACUCAUAUCAUGGCGGUUUCACUUUCCAUGGAUUUACUUAUAAUUGGAAUGAUGUCUGCACCUGACCGGUUUUACUCUGUCAAUCAAACUAACACCGCGAUCUUUCUGUGUGCAUCUCUACUGAAGGAAAUGGAGAUGAGCGCCAUGAUAGUUGCAAUCAUUCAAUCAACACACCAGCUAAGGACUAUUCACGACCACGAACCGUCCUGGGAUGUUAUGUCACCUUACUCUGAGUGGUACGAAGACGAUGACGACAGUCAAUCCAAACGGCGAAAAAACUCACCUGUCAAAUCAACGAGUCGAUAUCGACCACAGCUUCAAAUAUUGACCACUUCAACAAAUUCACAUCGCUUUCAACCAGCGGGUCCAGAGAAACCUCCAGCGCGCAGAAGCCAAUCUGGCCAUAUUCCAAUCGAACUACCGCCGAUGGCACUACUAGCCGAAGAUGUUUCCGAUGAAGAAAAACCAAGUACAUGGUCCGAUUUUUUGAAAUCUCCAAUCAUGACUGGAGAAGCAUACUACCCCGAUAGCAUGAAUUCAUUUGCUAUCAUCUCACCGAACUCCUCGAGUGGCGCGGUUCAUCAGAGCAGCCAAGCAGUGAGCUGA